AUGUCAGUUCGUCAUCAGGGUACGGCUGCUGCUGGAAUUCGGUGGGGAACUGGACGGAUACCCGGACGAGGCGUCCUUGGGGAUUUGGAGUUGAAACCUAAAGAGUCUCUUGUGCUGUCCGAAGAGGUGCAGAAUAUUCUGAAUAAAGACGUAGACCCGAAGAAGCUGCGGAUCGAGGAGAGUGGUCAUAUCUACCUUCCUGCAGGAGAGUAUAGGAGAGUUCUGUGUAAUGCUUUCGGCAUUGCUGGCUGGCAGUUCUUUCCCAUCACACCAGGCACGGUAACACCGGGCGGAGGCAAUGACCCGAACACACAGCGCACGUUGACCAGGCGCUUCGCCCUUGUCGUGCAGGAGACACUGCUUGCUGAGUCAACGGAGACGGUCGAGUUCGUGGGCGUGCCGCAAGAGAAAAUCCUGGAGUUGCUGAGCCGACUUCAAUACGAUGGCUUCGGACACUGCUGUCAGCAGAUCGGCAUUGCUGACGAGCUAAAGGAGCCUCCGUAUCUAGCGGAUUGGCGUGCUAAGUACGCAAAGCAACUAGAAGAGGUUUCUGAAGUGGACGGAAAGGAAGUGCAGAAACGGAUCUGGAGACAGAUAUAA